AUGUUCUGGCUCGGAAUGAUGCUGACCAUGAUUUUGGCACAGUCGGUGCCGUGGUGGAGCGAAUGGGGGUUCCGGAUCACUGUCGUCUCGAGCUUAGGGGCAAAUCUUGUCGUCGGCAUCCUGUCCGGGACACGGCGGCGCUCGGCGUCCCGCUGGUUGUGGGCGUUACUAGGCGAGGUGGCUAAGUUGUUCGUCUGGCUUGCGUACCAGGUCGCUGAGGCAGCGGCGACGAGCGCACUCGGCAGCCUGUCCCUCUGCGGCUCCGAUGCGUCGGAGGAGGAGAAGCAGGUGGUCGCGUUCUGGGCCCCGUUCCUCCUGCUGCACCUGGGCGGCCCGGACAACCUGACCGCCUACGCUCUGGAGGACAACAAGAUCUCCAACCGCAAAUGGCUUGAGAUAGGCGUUCGGAUUCUGGUGGUCAUUUAUACCAUCUACAACAACACACAUCGCGGCGGCCGCAGCUGGGCUUUGCUGCUCGCGGCGUCCGUCGUCAUGCUCGUCGCCGGCGUCGUCAGCUUCUAUUUCACCAAGGCAGGAAGCCAGCGAGAUGAUACUCUCAGGUGGGACUGGGAGAGCAUGUGCAAGGUGGCCGAGAUGGAGCUGUCUCUCAUCUACGAGUUCCUCUACACCAAGGCGAUCCUGGCACACACCUGGCACUACUACCUCAUCCGCUUGUUGUCGCCCCUCUUCACUGCUGCUGCCGCAUUUCUCUUCUGCUUCUGGCAUCAUCCUGAUAAGCAGCAGCAGGGCGAUGAUGGCCACCGGGUCAGGGGAUCCUUUGUCGGGAUCACCUACGCCUUGCUGGCCAUUACCUUCCUCAUGGAUGUGGCAUGGCUGAUGAGGGCCCUCGGGUCGACAUGGGCGUACGCCUACUUCCAGGCCGCCGGAAGAAGAUGGUGGUGCAGCAUCCACCGCAUCGUCGUCCGCCUGGACCCGUUGCAGCUAAUCUGCCGCGAUCCGCAGGCCAUUAUUAAUACUCAGGAGAAGGACGAGGAGAAGAAGAAGAAGAUGUACACAAGGUUGGACAUCAGGACACGCUGGGGCCACAAGGCCUUCAGCUGUGCACCUGAGCAAGUCAAAAAGAAAUUAAAAAAGGACGAGCAAGUCAAAAAGAAAUUAAAAAAGCACGGCCACAAGGCCUUCAGCUGUGCACCUGAGCAAGUCAAAAAGAAAUUCGAGGAGGACGUCCUCUUGUCGCAUCUUUUCGGCGAGGAAUUCGAGGAGGACGUCAUCUUGUGGCAUAUCGCCACCUGCAUGGUCCUGGUGGUCCUCACGGACGGAAGAAGACUUGCGUCGGCAAUUGGGGUGAUGUCGGAAUACAUGAUGUUCCUUGUUGCUGUUCGCCGACAAAUGCUACCUGGCCUUGUCCUCCACAGCCAGUUGCAGGUAACCCGCAAGAAAUUGGUUGAAAUAUGGGAUGGGGGUCAGCGUAGUAAGAUACUACCCGAUCGAGAAAAAUCAAUCAUGAAUAACAAAGAAAAGCUUGCCAUGAUCCUGCGACGCGUAAGGAUCGUGGAGGACGACGAGAAUGUGCCGUCUGAGGAUAAAAUUGAAGGCAACGAAGGUACGCAACUUCUCCUGCAUGCACAAGACCUUUAUUUUUGCCUAUCAGGCGACAAGCGACCUACUACAGUAGAAAGCCGAGCUGCUCCGUGGUCUCCCCCGCGGGUAUCAGAUGAGAUGCUGGAGUUCAUCUUCAAUGUGUGGGUGGAUAAGCUGGUGUACGCGGCCGUCCGGUGCAGCAGGGAGGCCCAUGCCAAGCAGCUCAGCGCCGGUGGCGACCUCACCACCGUGCUGUGGAUGCUUAUCCAACAUGCUGGCCCGUUUUGCAUUGGAGAAAAAGCAAAGAGCAUCUCCUUCGUUGCUGCGAAGCCUAAGAAGGAGGAGGAGGAGAAGAAGAAGAAGGAUGACGCGAAGCCACCGCUUCGGGCUCCGCCUCCGUGCUGUCCCGUGUGCCCUCCAUACUACCACCCAUCAUACCCCCCCGUGUGCCCUCCAUACUACGGCCCAUCAUGGCCCCCCGUGUGCCCUUGGUACCCCCAAUGUCCCCCGCAACAUGAGAGACCAGGAGACGAACCUGAGGAAGCCAGAGAAGAUAAACACGAAGAUUCUUCUUCUGAUGAUGAUGAGGAUUCCGAAUCCGAAGAAUAA